UGCGUGAACGCGCGUCGGUUUCGCAUGCACAGAAAUGUCCGACGUGCGCGGCCACACGAACGCGCGUCAACAUCGCUGCCGGCCGCGGACUCGCUAAAAAUAAUUAUUCUAACCCCACGCGUCCACGCACGCCCGUACGGGUUCGCGGCCGUUCGUCUUUACCGCAGCGUUUCCGCGGAACCGCAGAACUCGAGGGUUGUGAACAGUACCGUUGCUGCUACCAAACAUUUUAUUUUAUCGGAUCCCAUACCAUAUUGGACGACUGGUGAUGUUAAAAUGUGUACCAAACAAAUAAAAUUAGCGCAAAAAUAUUCACUAAUUGCACUGGCCGUUACAAUCCUGCCUUUCUCAUCAAUGGGUCUUAGGACGGUAAGUUUCUAAGUUUGAUUUUAUUAUAGUUGGAAAGAACACGUUGGAUUAGUGGAUUCUUUUCUCAAUAUUUAUCAAAUAUUCAAAUUCCAUGAAUUGAGACAGACAAAACAUUUUUUGCACGUUUUUCUAUAUAGACAGGACUAAAUGUCUAGAACUUUAAAUACAUUAUUAUGGAAGAAGAUCAAAAUUCAGGAUU